AGGGAGCGACGGGUAGGGUGUAGAGCAUAGCAGUGGUCAAACGUUGAAACACCUUACACACGCAACGCAAACCCUUCCCAGUCCCGACUUUCAUUAUUUUAAUUAUUAUAAUAUUUUAUUUUUUCUCAAGCAGUGGAAUGCAAAGUUCCGAUUCCGAUCUUAUCUUUGUUCGAUUUCACCUGUUGCUAUGGCCGCCGGUGUUCAAGUUCGAUCGGGAUCAUUUUCAUCUCAGUAUCGAAUAGUACAGAUGAUGGGCACUAGGCGGCUUUAAGAUUUAAAUCCUGUUAUUGGGUGUGUAUUCAUGGUUUUGGGUGCUGGAAUUUCAUGCUCUGUGUAAAUUUCUGGAAGUAAUUGGUUCAUCUUGUGCUUCCUAUUUUGGGGAUGGAGCAUCUUCCUGUUGAAGUGAUUGGUAACAUACUUUCCCAGCUCAGAGGUGCUCGAGAUGCAGUGAUCGCUUCGGUAACUUGCAAGAAAUGGAGAGAGGCUUGGCGCAAUCACCUCCACACCCUCUCUUUUGAUUCUCGUGAUUGGCCUGUCUAUCAUGAACUCUCAACCAGCAGAUUGGAAAUUCUUAUAACUCAAACGAUAUUUCAGACAACUGCGCUGCAACAUUUGGCAAUUUCAAUGGAUGAAGUUGAUGAAUUCUCUGCUGCACCCGUGAUGGCUUGGCUCAUGUAUACUAGGGAUACUUUGCGCCAACUUCACUAUCAUGUGAAGACAACCCCGAUCUUCAAUAUUAUUGAGAAAUGUGGUCGACAGAAGCUUGAAGUGCUGGCAUUGGCUUAUAAUUCUAUAACAGGUGUAGAACCCAGUUAUCAGAAGUUCCCUUGCUUAAAAUCACUUUCACUGAAUCAUGUCAGUGUCUCUACAUUGGAUUUGAGCCUUCUUCUGACCACUUGUCCUAAACUUGAGAAAUUGGCUCUGAUCAGUCCUGAUAUUGCAAUGUCUGAUAUGGAAGUUAGCAGUUCCUCAUUGAAAGAUAUAUAUGUUGAAGCAAUCAGUUUGGACAAGUUUAUAUUGGAGGCUGAUACCCUUGAAGUAAUGCAUUUAAAAGAUUGUACUCUUGAGCUGUUUGAAGUGGUUAGCAAGGGAGCCUUGAGAGUUCUAAGGAUUGAUGAUGUAAGUGUUAUCCAUCUUGAUAUUGGUGAGAACAUGGAAAAUCUUGAGGUUGUAGAUGUCUGCAACUUUACAAUUAUGUGGCCAAAAUUCUACCACAUGAUCUCAAAAUCAUCAAAGUUAAGGAAGCUUCGGCUUUGGGGUGUGGUAUUUGAUGACGAUGAUGAGGUAGUGGAUUUAGAGACUAUUUGUAUGUGUUUUCCUAGGUUAAGCCAUCUAUCUCUAUGUUAUGAUUUGAAAGAUGGAAUCCUUCAGCAUAGCUUGCAGGGGUCAUCUAAUUUGUUGAAUGUGGUAGUGCUUGAACUUGGAUGGAGUGUAGUUAGUGAAUUUUUCUCUGAAUGGAUGGGAAAACUUCUAGGAAGGUGCCCCAAUUUGAAAAAGUUGAUCAUAUGUGGGGUUGUUUCUGAGGUCAAAACCCAUGAUGAAUGCCAAACUUUAGCGAACUUCACCUUUUCCGUUGUCCAAUUGAUGAGAAAGUAUAUGCACGUGGAGGUUCAGUUUGAAUAUGAAUAGAAAGUUCAUGGAGAUCGCCAAGUCCAUUCGAGAUUUAUGAGAUUAUAAUCCACCCCAUAAGGAUCCUGAGAUCCUACUUGUUCCACAGUCAUAAUUCUGAAAUCAUUUGUCUUUCUUUACAACCAUUCAUUACUUUGAGCAAUUGUCAAUUGCAAUCCUUGUUGACAUAUGACGAAACUUUUCUUUUCAUUUUCCACAGGUUCAUUUCUAGAGACUUGCUAGGAUUCUGUAUCUAUCUUCUCUGAUUUUGUAUAUUUUUCCAAGUCCCCUGAACUCUUUUUUCUUUUCCAUAUAUACUUCAAGCAAAUAGCAUUUAUAAAUCACGUGCUUUUCAUUUAUACA